CGCUACUGAUGCUGCUGGCGAUGCGGUCAACACUGUGGCUGAUGCUACUGUUGGCGCUGCUGCCCAGUAAAGAGAUUGAUCAUCAGAUCAGAUCACGAGCUUUGGCGAGCUCUGGAGUUGGGAACUGUGUCUGGAGGAUGGUAAUGGUACUUACAAGUGUGUUGGGUACAUAUGUGAUGGCCUGGAAAAAGGGACUGUUUCUUUUGUUUGUUGCUUCAUUUCCUUUGUUACUCUUUUUGCAUUCAUUGGGGACACUUAUUAGAGGUUCAUGGUCAUACACUCUGACUCUGGGAAAAGACUGCUGUCGGAGGACGGCAGAUCUGGCACCAUUGAGUAGACAUUUACAUAGUAUCUAGC